AUGGAAGUUGUAGAGAAAGGCUAUGAUGAACUAGAGAAUGAAGGAGCUUUAAGUCAAGCUCAAAGGAAUGACUUGCAAAGCCAUUUUGAGAAAGUUGCUUUCUCAACAAAAGCUAAGGAAGUUUGGGAGAUUCUCGAGAACAAUUUCAAGGGAAUUGAAAAGGUGAAGAAGGUUCACCUUCAAAUCUUUCGUGGGGAAUUCGAAUCUCUGUACAUGAAAGAGUCAGAAUUUGUUUUUGACUAUUUCACUAGAGUGUCCUCCAUUGUCAAUCAUAUGAAGCAUUAUGGGGAGAAUAUUGAAGAAAGUCUUAUCAUUGAGAAAAUUCUUAAAUCGUUUGACUCAAAACUUGAGUUUGUUAGUAUUGCCAUUGAAAAGUCUAAUGACUUGGAUACCAUGACCCAUGAUCAACUCAUGGGUUUCUUGCUAGCAUAUGAAGAAAGACUGAAGAAGAAAGGAGAACAGAUGGCUCAAGUUCUCCAAGUGAAGGUCUCUUUAGGAGAUCAAGAGAAAGAGCAAGGACAAUCUCAAAGGAAGAGGUCAAAUUUGUGGUCGUGGUCAUGCUCCAAAAGAGGUGGCGGAAGAAAGUAUAACAAGUCCAAUAUUCAAUGUUACACUUGUCAUAAAUUUGAUCACUAUGCUUCCGAAUGGAACCAAAGAAGAAAAGAUAAACAAUCGUGGUACCUUGACACAUGUGCCACCAAUUACCUAAGUGCCAACAAGGAGUUAUUCUCAACGAUAAAUGAGUCGGUGAAAGGUAGUAUUGUUUUUGGAGAUGAAACCAAAGUUCUAAUAAAAGGCAAAGGUGAUGUUCUUCUUCGUGCUAAAAAUGGAAGUUAUCUUUUGAUUUCUCAAAUUUAUUAUGUACCUACUUUGAAGUCUAAUAUUUUGAGUUUGGGACAAUUACUUGAAAUGAGCUAUGACAUUCACUUGAAGAAGUUUCUCAUAUUCUGA